ACUUGCUCCAUCUGAAGUCCAUAUGGCUCUGUAUGAUGAAGAUCUCCUGAAAAAUCCUUUUUAUCUGGCUCUUCAAAAGUGGCGUCCUGACUUGUGCAACAAGGUGGCCCAAAUCCAUGGCAUUGUCUUAGUACCCUGCAAAGGAAGCCUGACAAGCAAUGUUCAGUCUACUUGUCAGUUUGAGUCCUAUAUUUUGAUACCAGUGGAAGAGCACUUUCAGACCUUGAAUGGAAAGGAUGUGUUCAUACAAGGAAACAGGAUUAAAUUAGGAGCUGGUUUCGCCUGUCUUCUCUCAGUGCCCAUUCUCUUUGAAGAAACAUUCUACAAUGAAAAAGAAGAAAGUUUCAGCCUACUGUGUAUAGCCCAUCCUUUGGAAAAGAAAGAGAGUUCAGAAGAGCCUUCAAAACCCUCAGAUCCCUUUUCCCUGAAAACCAUUGAAGAUGUGAGGGAGUUUUUGGGAAGACACUCGGACAGAUUUGACAGGAACAUCGCCUCCUUCCAGCGAGCCUUCAGGGAAUGUGAAAGGAAGAGCCUCCGUCAUCUCAUAGACUCAGUGAAUGCUCUCUACACCAAAUGCCUCCAGCAGCUUCUGAGGGACUCUCACCUGAAAAUGCUUGCCAGGCAGGAGGCCCAGAUGAACCUGAUGAAGCAGGCAGUAGAGAUGUACGUCCAGCACGAUAUUUAUGAUCUGAUCUUUAAAUAUGUGGGGACCAUGGAGGCAAGCGAGGAUGCCGCCUUUAACAAAAUCACAAGAAGCCUUCAAGAUCUUCAGCAGAAAGAUAUUGGUGUGAAACCAGAGUUCAGCUUCAACAUACCUCGUGCAAAGAGAGAACUGGCUCAACUGAACAAACGUACCUCCCCACAACAGAAGUUGGUUUGUCUGCGGACGGUGGUGCAGCUAAUUACACAGUCGCCUAGCCAGAGAGUUAACUUGGAGACUAUGUGUGCUGAUGAUCUUCUAUCAGUCCUGUUGUAUCUGCUUGUGAAAACAGAGAUCCCUAAUUGGAUGGCAAACUUGAGUUAUAUCAAAAACUUCAGAUUUAGCAGCUCGGCAAAAGAUGAACUGGGGUACUGCUUGACUUCUGUUGAGGCUGCAAUCGAGUAUAUUCGGCAAGGAAGCCUCUCCGUUAAACCACCCGAAUCUGAGGGCUUUGGUGACAGACUGUUCCUUAAGCAGAGAAUGAGUUUACUGUCUCAGAUGGCUUCCACUCCCAUUGACUGCCUGUUUAAGCACAUUGCUUCAGGUAACCAGAAAGAAGUGGAGAGACUCCUGAGCCAAGAAGACCAAGAUAAAGAUACCAUCCAAAAGAUGUGCCACCCUCUGUGCUUCUGUGAUGACUGUGAGAAACUUGUCUCCGGGAGGCUGAAUGAUCCCUCAGUUGUCACUCCAUUCUCCAGAGAUGACAGGGGUCAUACACCACUCCAUGUGGCUGCCCUCUGUGGGCAGGCAUCCCUCAUUGACCUCCUGGUUUCCAAAGGCGCUGUGGUGAACGCCACGGACUAUCAUGGGUCAACUCCACUUCAUCUCGCGUGUCAGAAGGGCUAUCAGAGCGUGACGCUGCUGCUGCUGCACUACAAAGCCAGCACCGACGUGCAGGACAACUAUGGCAACACCCCUCUCCACCUGGCCUGCGCUCACGGCCACGAAGACUGUGUGAAGGCUUUGGUGUACUAUGAUGUGCAGUCGUGCAGACUAGAUGUUGGUAACGAGAAAGGAGACACUCCCCUACACAUAGCUGCUCGUUGGGGUUACCAAGGCAUCAUUGAGACGUUGCUACAAAAUGGAGCAUCUAUAGAGAUCCAGAACAGACUGAAAGAAACGCCCCUCAAGUGUGCAUUAAACUCAAAGAUUCUGUCUGUCAUGGAAGCCCGUCAUCUGUCCUUUGAAAGGAAGCAGCAGUCUUCAGAGGUCCCCGUGCCCCCACCGCAGCAGUCUGGGGAUUCCAUCAGCCAGGGCUCCUCCACCUCCAGCUUCUCCUCUUUGUCGUUGAGCUCCAGACAAGAGGAGCCCAAGAAGGACUACAGAGAGGUAGAAAAACUUUUAAGAGCCGUUGCUGAUGGAGAUCUAGAAAUGGUGCGCUACCUUCUGGAGUGGACAGAGGAGGACCUGGAGGAAGCAGAGGAUGCUGUCGGUGCAGCAGACAUUGAAUUUUGUCACCCCCUGUGCCAGUGCACCAAGUGUGCUCCAGCUCAAAAGAAGCUGGCAAAGACCCCUGCCAGUGGGCUCGGUGUGAAUGUGACCAACCAGGAUGGCUCCUCCCCUCUGCAUGUCGCCGCCCUGCAUGGCCGGGUGGACCUUGUCCCCCUCCUCCUGAAGCACGGAGCCAGUGUGGGUGCCAGAAACGCAAAGCAAGCUGUCCCACUCCACCUGGCCUGCCAGCAAGGCCACUUUCAGGUGGUGAAGUAUCUACUAGAGUCCAAGGCGAAACCUGACAAAAAGGAUAUAAGUGGAAACACCCCCCUCAUUUAUGCCUGUUCAAGUGGCCACCAUGAGGUUGCAGCACUGUUGCUACAGCACGGGGCGUCCAUUAACGCUUCUAACAACAAGGGCAACACCGCCCUGCACGAGGCAGUGAUGGAAAAGCACGUCUUCGCCGUGGAGCUGCUUCUGCUUCAUGGCGCAUCAGUGCAGGUCAUGAACAAGAGGCAGUGCACGGCUAUCGACUGUGCAGAGCAGAAUUCAAAAAUAAUGGAAUUACUUCAGGUAGUGCCAAGCUGUGUGGCCACGUUAGAUGAUGCUGGCGAAACAGAUGGCAAGGAGUACGUUACCGUGAAGAUCAGGAAAAAAUGGAACUCAAAAAUGUAUCAUCUACCAAAUGAACCUUUUACAAGACAGUUUUACUUUGUCCACUCAGUUGGUCAGUUUAAGGGAAGGACUUCAAGGGAGAUUAUGGCAAGAGAUAGAAGUGUCCCUAAUUUUACUGAAGACUCUUUGCAUGAGCCAGGGAGGCAAAGAAUGACACAAAAACAGAGUAACUUGCCAGACCAGAGCAGACCUCAGACUGCUACCAGAGGAGACGGUGAUCAGCCCGAGAGGCCUGGACUGAAACAAACUGCUCCUGGAAACAGGCGCAUGCUCCGUAGACACACUGUCAAUGAGGUCGUUGUACCCAAGGGCCCAGAGACUGCCAGCAACCUCACCACUUCCCAGGAGGGUAGUGUUUUCCAGUCUUAACAGUAAGAAGGAAUUAACUUGGCUGCCACGAAGUAAGUCCUGAACAAGAAGAUGCCAAGCGUGAGUACAGCGUAGAACUAAAGGGGUUCUAUUUGACUUGAGAGAAACGCAGAAAGUUCCCGAAAGCUUUUCUGUGGCUGGAAGAAUGCAACAAAGAAAACGAUCACCAUCUCUUUCCUCUUCAAAGCUAAUGAAUACACUUGAAAAGAAACGGAUGAAAAUUUCAGUGGUGUCCAGAUCCUUGAGGGGUGUAUGUUUCUUCUUAAGUAUUAGGGUUCCUUGGUUGCAGUCAGGUUUGAUCACCAGAUUCUGACCUCCUCCUACUGAAAGGUGCUAAACCUCUGUGAUGUGUAUAAAUUGACAAACCACAAGCUAAAAGAAUUCCUUCAUCUGGGAUAAGCUGAAGAGAAGCAAUGUAGGUUUCAUGGUACGGGCUGGGCAGAAAUGUCACGUGUGAAUGAAGAAAAUAGGACUUGAAAAAUGUUCCAUUGCAAAGCAGCACUUGAACCCAAAGAUGCCUAAAUGCCAUUUAGAUGUUCUUUUGAGUGAAAAGGACCUCUAGGACCUGCUCGACACUAUGUAUGUAGGGAAAGUUGAGUAUAAUUUUUCUUACAACAGAGUUAAGUACAGGUAUUUGAUGUGUGCCCAUCUGCGCCUGUAGCAGUGGCUGUAGGAACAUGCCUUUCCAUUAAGAACCGUCCCUUAAAUGUCACACCUAAAGGAUGGUAAUUAAACUAGAAAGUAGAUUUGGCACAUCUUUUCUUAGUCUUUUGAUUCAAAUUCAAAAUUUACAGCACAAACCAGGUCAAAGUUAUUUUAAGUUGGAAUUUAUUGCCAUUUACUCCUUUUUAUGAAUUUCUAUAGAUUAUACUCUUAUUUUUUUAUGUUAUUAAUUGGUCUAGAGCCACAAACAUGGGUUUGUCCUGAGUACAUUCUCAAGUAACUUUGUAAUAAGGAAAUGGUUCUGUGCAUGUUGUUGGAAAUACUUGUGUAUGUAUAGAAGGGUGGGGCUGAUUAUUUUUCUACAAAGUAAUUUAUGAUUUCUAAUUUUCUAAUGUGCCUUGGGUAUGUGCCAAAUGAUGGAAAAGAAGCAGUAAACUUUAUGAUUCUUGGA